GAGGGCCGAACCAGGCCGGGCCGCUGGCCGGCUGAAGCAAUGGGCGACUUGGAUGCUGUGAUCCCUUCCCUGGAGCCCUUCAGGGUAGAGCAGGUCCCACCCAUCAUCUACUAUGUCCCAGACUUCAUCUCUGAGCCAGAAGAGGCGCAGCUGCUCCGACAGGUGUAUGAGGCUCCAAAGCCCAAAUGGACACAGCUUUCUGGGCGGAAAUUACAGAACUGGGGUGGGCUCCCCCACCCGAAGGGCAUGGUGCCUGAGCAGCUGCCUCGCUGGCUCCAGCGCUGGGUGGAUGCCGUCUCUGCUCUCGGCUUGUUCGGGGGUUCCCAAGCAAAUCACGUGCUGGUGAAUGAGUACCGGCCAGGAGAGGGCAUCAUGCCCCACGAGGACGGCCCGCUGUACUACCCCACGGUCAGCACCAUCAGCCUGGGCUCCCACACCGUCCUGGAUCUGUACCCGCCCCGAGGACCCGAGCUGGAGAAGGACCCACGGGAGGAGCAGCCCCAGCUGCACCCCAAGUUCUCCCUGCUGCUGGAGCCGAGGAGCCUCCUGGUCCUCCGAGGGGAAGCUUACACCCACCUGCUCCACGGCAUCCGCCCAAUCUUGGUGGACUCACUGUCAGACACCCCUGUGGCCAACGCCUCGGCCUGCCCCUCCGCCCGGCUGGGGGCCCUGCUCCCCCGGGGCACGCGCGUCUCGCUGACCAUCCGCAGGGUCCCCCGGGUGCUGCGGGCCGGCCUCCUGCUGAGCAAGAAAUCUCCCAAGUAAACCCAGGGACCUCCCAGCACCACAAGCCAAUUAAUCCCUCAACUGCUGCGCCCGCCCCGGCUCUGGGUCCGAGUCAGCGGCGUUUGGGGGGAAGCAGCUCUGUCCCCAUCUCUGGGGGAUGGUCCCUCCUGCCAAGUUCCCAUCCUGGUUCCGGAAUAAACUACAGUUACCUCGG